AUAGUGAUGUUGUCUCUACUGCGCCCUAGCCGCCGUUUGCUGCUGCAGAGCGGCGUGCGCUGUCUGCAGAUCGCCGCCGAAGCGGCCGCCGACGUGUCGUACACGCGCGGGCUGUUCCUGGGCGUGAACAACGCGGCGCGCGCGUUCCCGUACCCGAGUCUGUCGGAGAGCGAGACGGAGACGCUGCAGAUGCUUGUGGACCCCGUGAACAAGUUCUUCGGCACGGUGGACUCGCGCCAGAUCGACGAGACGAAGGAGAUCCCGCCGCAGGUGAUGAACGACAUGAAGGAGCUCGGUCUCUUCGGCCUGCAGAUCCCCGAGGAGCUCGAGGGCCUCGGCCUGUCGAACACGGGCUACGCGCGCGUGUGCGAGGAGAUCACGGACGGCAGUCUGGCCGUCACGGUCAUGGCACACCAGUCCAUCGGCCUCAAGGGCAUCCUGCUCAACGGCAACGAGCAGCAGAAGGCCAAAUACCUGCCCAAGCUGGCGACGGGCGAGCACAUUGCGGCUUUUGCACUCACGGAGCCGUCGAGCGGCUCCGAUGCUGGCUCCAUCAAGACUCGCGCCACGUUGUCGGAAGACGGCAAGCACUUUAUCCUCAACGGAGGCAAGAUCUGGAUCAGCAACGGCGGCUGGGCUGAUGUAAUGACGGUGUUUGCACAGACGGAGGUGGACGGCAAGGACAAGGUCACGGCCUUUAUUGUCGAGCGUGCGUUUGGAGGUGUCACCAGCGGCCCGCCGGAGGAUAAGCUGGGUAUCCGCGGCUCCAACACGUGCCAGGUGUUCUUCGACAACUGCAAGGUGCCCAUUGAGAACGUGCUAGGCGGUGGCCCCGACAUGAAGACCGGCGGUGCAGCUGGUGUUGGCCAGGGCUUCAAGGUGGCUAUGAACAUCCUGAACAAUGGUCGCUUCGGGCUCGGAGCGUGCGCUGGUGCAUCACUCCGACGUGUGCUGGGUGCUGCGGCUGAGCACGCCAACUCGCGCAAGCAGUUUGGUGCCCCGCUGGCGAACUUUGGUCUGAUUAAGAAGAAGUUCGGCGUCAUGGCGCUCGAUGCGUACGCCAUUGAGUCCAUGGCGUUUAUGACCACGGGUAUGAUUGACCGCGGAGACCCGUCUUGCGAGAUUGAAGCUGCGAUGUGCAAGGUGUACGGCUCUGAAGUGGCGUUCACGGGCAUCAACGAGUGCAUCCAGGUCAUGGGUGGCACUGGUUUCAUGAAGGAAUGGCCGUUCGAGCGCCUCAUGCGUGACUGCCGUAUUCUGUCUAUCUUCGAGGGCACGAACGAGAUUCUGCGCAUGCUGAUUGCGCUCAGCGGAAUCCGGACUGCUGGCGAGCGUCUCUCAGCCGUGGGCAAGGUGCUGCAGAACCCGCUGUCAGACCCGUCGAGCGCGGCAAAAGAAAUCUUGGACCGUCUGCAGCGUAAGUUCUCGCCCGCCCCCCUUGAUGGAGUUCACUGCAGCCUAAGAGGCGCAGCUGAGCUGCUGCAGAAGCGCACCGCCGACUUCGGAGACGCCGUGGAGUUCCUGCUACGCAAGCACGGCAAGAAGAUCGUGGACGAGCAGAUGCAACUAGAGCGGAUCGCCGACUCGGCCAUCGCGCUGUUCGCCAUGACCGCGACCAUCUCGCGCGCAAGCUCGUCGCUGAGCGCCGGUAUCGAGUCGGCCGAGCACGAGAAGAAGCUGACGACUCUGUACUGCGACCUGACGUCCCGCAAGAUCCAGACGCUGCUGGGCGACAUCAAGACAGCCGUCAAGCACGACGAGCAGCUGCGCGAGAUCGCGAACGAGGUGCUGCGGGCCAAGAAGUACAUCCCGAGCCACGCCACGGGCAUCAACUGCUAG